AUGGCAAAAGGACAAAGUGCUUUGAUGAAGAUCUUUGACAAAAAUAAGGAUGGCCGUUUGGAUCUUAAUGACUUGGCAAGGAUUUUGGCUCUUCAGGAAAACUUCCUUCUCCAAUUUAAAAUGGAUGCUUGUUCCACUGAAGAAAGAAAGAGGGACUUUGAGAAAAUCUUUGCCCACUAUGAUGUUAGUAGAACAGGAGCUCUGGAAGGCCCGGAAGUGGACGGGUUUGUCAAGGACAUGAUGGAGCUUGUCCAGCCCAACAUCAGCGGAGUGGACCUUGAUAAGUUCCGGGAGAUUCUUUUGCGCCACUGUGAUGUGAACAAGGAUGGAAAAAUUCAGAAGUCCGAGCUGGCUUUGUGUCUUGGGCUGAAAAUCAAUCCCUAAUCCCCAGAACGCUUUGCCUUUUGCUCUUUGGAUGUUUCUGUGCUCCGGCUGCUUAAGCUCCCUGUGCUUUGCUGUUGGGACACAUGGGCAGACUUCUUAAC